GAAAAAUCAAGAAAAUCUCUUACCCUCUCUCUCAUCUCUUUUCAAUAUAAAAAGUUGAUGGAUGUGUGUGGGGAUGCAUGUCUCAUAAGAUGACAUAAACAACACCAACUAGCUAGCUCAUGAUCCUUUAUAAAAGGCAAACACCCCCUCAUAUUGCUUCCAUAUUCUUGUCCUCAAUUCCUCUUGAACACUUUCUUAAUUAUAUUGAACUCGUGUUAUCGAAAAGGUUCAUUAGUUUUUAAAACAAAAGAAUGGAGGGAAAGUUUGAAGGGGACAUGGGUUCUCAUAAUCAUAAUCCUUGUGUAGAGAUAGCCAUGGAAAUUCAUAAGGUUGAGACACCACCAAAGAGAAGUAGCUUACAAAAAAUAAGUAAUAGGCUCAAAGAAACUUUCUUUCCGGAUGACCCUCUUAGGCAGUUCAAAGGCCAGUCCACUAAGCAAAAAUGGAUUCUUGCCUUUCAAUACAUUUUCCCUAUACUUCAAUGGGGUCCUCAUUACAACCUUAAUCUACUCAAAUCUGAUGUUGUUUCUGGUCUUACAAUUGCUAGUUUAGCCAUUCCCCAGGGUAUAAGCUAUGCAAAGCUUGCCAAUCUCCCUCCUAUUGUUGGUCUAUAUUCAAGUUUCGUGCCGCCGUUAGUGUAUGCUGUGCUAGGGAGCUCAAGAGAUCUAGCAGUUGGACCAGUGUCAAUAGCAUCACUAUUGAUGGGGUCAAUGUUAAGGCAAGAAGUGUCACCAACACUUGACCCUAUUUUGUAUCUUCAAUUGGCUUUCACUUCAACCUUCUUUGCUGGACUCUUUCAAGCCUCUCUUGGAUUUCUAAGGCUUGGGUUCAUAAUUGACUUCUUGUCAAAGGCUACACUUAUUGGAUUCAUGGCUGGAGCAGCAAUCAUAGUAUCACUUCAGCAACUGAAAGCUCUUCUUGGAAUCACUCAUUUCACUAAAGAAAUGGGUUUGGUUCCUGUUAUGUCAUCUGUAUUUCACAACACUAAAGAGUGGUCAUGGCAAACAAUCUUGAUGGGGUUUUGUUUUCUUGUAUUUCUGCUUGUGACAAGACACAUUAGCAUUAAGAAGCCAAAGUUGUUCUGGGUAUCAGCAGGAGCACCUUUGCUUUCAGUAGUGGUCUCAACACUCUUUGUUUUUGUUUUCAAAGCACAACACCAUGGCAUUUCUGUGAUUGGAAAAUUAGAACAAGGACUAAAUCCACCUUCAUGGAACAUGUUACAUUUUCAUGGAAGUCAUAUUGGUUUAGUCUUGAAAACUGGUGUCAUCACUGGCAUCAUUUCCCUAACUGAAGGGAUUGCGGUAGGAAGAACAUUUGCAGCCCUGAAGAAUUACCAAGUUGAUGGUAACAAAGAAAUGAUUGCCAUUGGAGCCAUGAAUGUUGUUGGUUCCACCACUUCAUGCUACAUCACUACAGGUGCAUUUUCGCGAUCAGCAGUGAACCACAACGCUGGAGCUAAAACAGCGGUCUCCAACAUAAUAAUGGCUGUGACGGUUAUGGUCACGCUUCUUUUCCUAAUGCCAUUGUUUCAGUACACACCCAACCUCGUACUAGGUGCAAUCAUUGUCACAGCAGUCGUUGGUCUAAUCGACCUCCCAGCGGCUUACCAAAUAUGGAAAGUCGAUAAGUUCGACUUCGUGAUUAUGUUAUGUGCCUUUUUUGGUGUCAUCUUUAUAUCAGUUCAAGAAGGACUUGCACUGGCUGUGGGGAUUUCGAUAUUCAAGAUGGUGUUGCAGAUGACACGACCGAAAACAGUGGUGUUGGGGAACAUACCUGGUACUGACAUAUUUAGGAACAAACAUCAGUACAAGGAUGCUGUCACUGUCCCAGGUUUCUUGAUUUUAAGCAUUCAGGCUCCAAUUAGUUUUGCCAACUCCAAUUAUCUUAAUGAAAGGAUUUUGAGGUGGAUACAAGAUUAUGAGGAAGAAGAAACCAAAAGUCAUUCUGAUCUUAGAUUUGUAAUCCUAGAUCUUGCUGCUGUAAGUGCCAUUGAUGCAAAUGGAGUGAUGUUUUUCCAAGAACUCAGAAGGGUGUUGGAAAAAAAGGGUGUUGAGCUUGUAUUGGUGAAUCCAGUUGGAGAAGUGAUGGAGAAAUUGCAAAAAGCGGACGGGACACAUGAACUUUUGCAACCGAAUAAUCUUUACUUGACGGUAGGAGAAGCGGUUUCGUCACUAUUUUCAUCUAUGAAAGUUGUAUCAUGUUGAAGGAAUGAAUGUAAUGUGUUUCAACUAUUAGGUUGUAGUGUUUUGUUAGGGACCUAAUAUAGUAAGGUGCCUGGAAGGGAAUGAGACAAACAUUCAAAUAUAGUUUUGGAAAACCCUUGUAAUGUUUCGAUCAUUAAUGUUAUAAAGAACACUUUCCCUGUA